AUGGCCUUCCGCCUGGCGCGGCUGGCAAAGGUGGCCGCCCCUCGCUUGCGCCACUGCGCAGCUGUCACGCAGGCGCCCCAGCCACAGACUGCCAAGGAGGCGAAAAGCCAGGACCCGCAGGCGGAGAUUCCGGAGGAGGUUUCCGAACUGUUCGACACCUUGCGGGGAGAGGCCAUGCGACGUUUGGAUGACUUCCAGCCCAUCCAUCUAUUCUCCUUGUGCUGGGCAUACUCGACAGCGAGGCUCCUGGACGAGGAGAUGCAGAAGAGCAUCACUGCGGCGGCGCUGCGUUUGGGCCGUGCCCGCGAUGCCAAGGCGGCAAAAGCGGCAGAGGCACAGGCGGAGGUGGCAGACGUGCCGGAGGGCGAGUUCUGGCAGCCGUCCGCAGAGGGUACCUUGGAGAACCCGCGGGUGGUGAAGGCCACGGAUCACUGGAUGGCCAUCUUCAAGCCUGCGCAUUGGCAAGUGUCUGUCGAUGCCAAAGAGGCGACCCGCAUGGCGGCAGCUUCGCCUUUUGAGGAUGAGGAGGAAGGCGAGGAGGAGGGCACUGAGCGACCAAAGAUGCAGACCUGGAUCCUCAAGAACAUGUCGCAGAAGUAUCCGAUCUGCACUGAUGCAACCGAAGCCUUCGGGCUGCUGCACCGCCUGGAUGCGCAAACCAGCGGCGUGCUGGUUUGCGCCAGGAGCUACGAAGGUGCCUACUGGUUGCGAUUGCAGUGGUGCCAGUAUGCGGUGGACAAGGAGUACGUUUGCUUGGUCCACGGCUGGGUGGACCGUUCAGAGCGGGAGAUCCACAAGCGUAUCCGUGCCCUGGCCGGGGCAAGAUGA